AUGAGUUGGCUCAAGUGGUUGGAUCAUCCUCUGUUCAAUGUUGUUUUCUUCUUCAUCAUUCGUCAACUAAUCAAAGACUGGGAUCUAACCCAACCGGACCGUCUGGUUUCAUUGCGCAUGGUCUAUCUCGGAUCACAGUUGGCUAUCGUUGGCCUCAGUUACUGGCUCAUUGCCGUAGUCCGCAAAAAGAACGAUCAGACGCCUUUGCGAUAUGUGCAACCAGGCUCUUCCGGCUGGGGACAGCCUGAUACAGACGAUACCUUGGUCACCACUACAUUUAUGGAAUAUGACGUGGCAGAGAUCAAGAAAAACAUUAAGCAAACAAUGACAGGAAUUGCCAUUGUCGCAUUUUUACACUUGCAAUUCAAGUAUGUGCAACCACUUGUUUUACAGUCUAUUCUCGGAUUCAAGACAUUUUUUUUGGCCAAAGAAUCCCGGAUCCAUAUAUGGGGUGGUAAAACGACAAGCGGGGAAUUGCGACGACCUUUCCGUCUGGAAGCCCCAUUUGGCAUGGUUUCUGAAUCAAAACAGCCAAAGGUAGACAAGGGCUCCAUCAAGAAGGCCGAACGAGCCAAGAAGAAGGCUUAA